AUGCCCCGGGCUCCGUCGCUGCCCCGACACCGGCACCGCCACCGCGAUCACGAUCGGGAUCGGCUCCGCCCCGGGACAGCCCUCGGUACCGCCCAGGGCUCCCGGCACAGGCUCCCGCCCCGCACCGAGGGACUGCCCCAGGGUCUUCUUCGGGACCGCCCGCCAGGAGACCGGGACCACCCUUGGCACCGCCCGGGGCUCCCGGCACCUGCCCCCGCCGUGCACCGAGGGGACUGCCCCGGAGUCUUCUUCGGGACCACCAGCGGAGAGACCGAGACCGGCUCGGGACCGCCCCUGGGAUCGCUCUCAGAUCUCCGGAUCACCCCCAGAUUCCUAGGAUCUACCCCCGCACCGCCUCCGGGCCUGCCUCCAAAUACCCAGUACCUCCCGGACCCGCGGGAUCGCUCCGGCUCCGCCUCGGAAUCGCCCCCAGAUCUCCGGGAUGGUCGCCGCAUCAUCCCCAGAGCCGCCUCCAUAGCCCGGUUGCCCCCGGAAGCCUGGUGGCCGCGGUUCCCCGAGGUGAUGGCCGAGGACAGAGAUGUUCGAUUUGUCACCGAGGAGAGCUUUGACUUUGGCGUGCUAUCACCAUCUGACAGCCAGGAGGAAGAGGAGGAUGAGGAUAGGCCAGGCGAGGGGUGCCAGCAUGGGGGUGGCAAUGGGCGCUGGAGUCCCCUGCGCGGUGCCCGUCUGGAAGAGAUGGUGCGGGAGGCCACGCGCCUGGCGGCACAGUUGGAGGGGUGUCACCUGCCCUCUCCCACCUCCGGAGACCCCCCAGGACCCGCUGCCACGCCUCCUGGCACCCCCCGCAGCCCCCGCCGCCAGACCUUCGUGGUGAAGGACAGCCCAGUGCGGGCGCUCCUGCCUACCGUGGAUUCGCGGGGACCUGCCCCCAUCCCCCACCUCCCUGCCAAGCCCCGGGGGCCCUCUGCUGCCACCAGUGUCCCCAAGGCACCCCCCAGCCGUAAUUCCACAGCAGCAGCGAAGGGAACCUCCGGGGGCAGGGGGCUCCCCCCCAGCCGAGUGGGUCCCCUCCGGCCGUGCCCUCCCCAGGGGCAGGGGUCUGGUGCCCGGGGCAGGUCAGAGCCCCCCCGGGGUGGGACAGCAGGCCAGCCUAAGGUGAGGGGGGGCACAGUCCCCUGCCCCCCCUCCACCCGCCAGCCCCACGCUAGGACCACCACCAGUCCUGUCCCUUCUGGCUGUUCCCCGGUACCCACUGCCUUCCCCAAGGUGUCCCCUCGGACUCCAGCAGUGGGUGGGAGGACCUCCACCCCCAGAGGUGCAGGCGCAGCACGAGCAGCCCCCCCAACUGCUGCCUCGGGGUGCAAACCAGGACCUCCCCCUGCCCGCCUGCGGCCCCCCCGCAAGACGGCAGUGAGCAGCACCCCGAGGUGACACCCCCAAACCACCCCACACCCACCCAGAGGCCCUGGUGGCACCUGGACCCCCCCUAGGUACCAGCCAAAGUACCUAGGCUGGGGGAGUGGAGCCAAGGCUGCCCCAGGGAUGAGCUGAGGCAUCCACUGGGUUUUGGAAGGAGGUAGGCAGCGCCAGGGAUCCCCAGGGAGCAGCCAAGGUAUCUGCUGAGUUGUCAGGUUAUGAAGCACAGCUGGAAUCCCCAGGGACAAGCUGAGGUUGGGUGGCAGAGCCAGGAGCCUCCCCAGGGAUGAACCAAGGCACUCAUUGGGUUUUGCUUUAAUUAUAAAAGGUCUCAACAGCAGUAGGAAACCUCCCACGUCCCCCGGUAUCCAGGGGUCCCUCACCGCCCCAACACCCAUCCCUGGGUUCCCCUACCUGAGCUUCACCCCUGGGUGGGGGGAUCCCAGAUGUCCCUGUAACCCCCAACUGAUCCCCCUCCACAUGUCCCCCCACCUGGGGGAGUUGGCAUCAUGGGACAGGUGGCAUCUUCUGGGGAGGUGGCACUUUGGGGGGCAAGGGGAGUGGGCACAAUGGGGGAAGUUGGUUAUAAAUUCCUUUUUUUGUAUUUUCAUGUAUUUUUUUAAGUAAGACACUGCUGGGCAAAGGGGCUGGGGAUGAUCAUGGAAGGGGCAACAGGGACACCCUGUGCCACCCCCCAAAGUGCCAAUCCCUGCAAGGAUACAAAGUGCACUGGGGGGGCUUGUGGCUCCCUGGCCCCUCCUGAUGUCCUCCCAGUCCUUGUGUCCCCCCAAUCCUG